AUGGCUGAACAGAAACCCCCGCUGCCCCCGUUCACCAGGGAGACGGCCCAGAUCAAGGUCAAGGCUGCUCAAGAUGCUUGGAACACCAUGACCCCCUCAAAGGUCAAGAUGGCCUACACUCCCGACUCCAUCUGGCGUAACCGCGACCACUUUAUCAAGGGUCGUCACGAGAUUGAGAAGUUCUUGACCAACAAGUGGAACAAGGAGCAUGGAUACAGGCUGCGCAAGGAGCUCUUUGCGUUUACCGAUAACAAAAUUGCCGUCCAGUUCUGGUACGAGUUCCACGAUGACGAUAACCAGUGGUGGCGCUGCUACGGCCUCGAGGACUGGACGUUUGAUGAGAACGGUCUAAUGAAGAAGAGGCAGAUGAGCGGCAACAACGUCAAGAUUGCGGAUGAGGAGCGAUGGUUCAAGGGUGACGUUGACGUCAACACAGUGGAGAUUGGACCUGAGCACUGGUGA